AUGACAGAAGCAACUACCGUGCCUUCCCACAUUAUUACAAUGAAAAAAAAUAACACACAGCUAGAUAAUUGGCCACAGAUAGGCAGCAAAGGAUUUUUCCUGGAAAUGGUGGCAGCUUUAUCCAUUCCAAUCUGUUUCUGGGGAUUAAUUGGGAACGCAACUGUCUUUUGGCUUCUCUGCAGCAAGGCGAAGAAGACAACAUUCAUAGUUUAUGUUCUCAAUUUGUUAAUAGCUGAUUUUAUUGUGGCUGCUUACUUCCUUAUGGUGUUUAUUGUAUUUCUGACAUCACUUUAUAUCAGUUAUUAUUUUUCACGUGCAAUGGAGAAUAUUUAUUCAUUGUCAAGCAAUGCCAGCAUUUGUUUACUAACAGUUAUGUGUGUUGAAAGGUAUUUCAUGGUCUCUUUCCCACUCUAUUAUCAACAUCACCGUCCAAAGCAUUUCACAACAAAUAUAUGCUGCAUAAUAUGGGUCUGGUCUUUCCUAGUGGCCCUGUUAUUAUAUGUCAUCUGCUACCCAAAAUUGCUUUCAUCCCUCUAUUCAGGCAAUCCUUUAUGUGAUGGGGUAUUACUAUUUGAAUCUAUUGCUCAGAUUAUGUUUUUUUUCCCCAUCAUGUCCUUUUCUGCUUUGUCUCUUUUUAUCAGAAUGCAGAAAAGAGCAAAGCCAAGGACUGAACCGAGACUUGAUAUCACCCUCAUAAUCAUGGUUGCUCUUUGUUUUAUUUGUAUUGUUACAUUUCAAACUCUUGGUCUUGUAAGCAGCUGGGUUACCACUCUUCGUGAACCAAGUCUAUUUCACCUCUCGCUGCUGUUUGACUCCAUCAAGACCAGCAUCAAUCCUUUGGUCUAUUUCUUUGUUGGAAAUCGGCAAAGACAGAAGACCGCAGAACCUAUGUAUAAGUUGCUUGAGAGAGCUAACUUACUGUUUCUUUCGUGUCUACGAGGUCUGUGGUCAAUCGAUAUCAACAAGUGUUUCCUUAAACCUGUAGUCUUUACUUUUUCUAUAUUUCUGUAG